AUGACUCCUGUCGGACAAGUUGUUAUCUUAGUUUCUGUUGAAUAUGCUGUGUCUGUUGAAUGUGUUGUGCUUGUUAAUAAAGUAGUUGAUGUAGUUUUAAUAGCUGAUGUACUGAUUGAAGAAGUGUCUGUUGAUAAAGUAGUUGAUGUACUUCUGAUAGUUGAUGUGUCUGUUGAUGCAGUUCUAGUACCUGAUGCACUGAUUGAAGAAGUACUUGUUGAAGAAGUGUUUGUUGAUGAAGCAGUUGAUGUACUUCUGAUAGUUGAUGUGUCUGUUGAUGUAGUUUUAGUAGUUGAUGCACUGAUAGAAGUGCUUGUUGAUUGUGAUAUGCUUGUUGAUUGUGAUGUGCUUGUUGAUUGUGAUGUGUCUGUUGAUGAAGCAGUUGAUGUAGUUCUGGUAGUUAAUGCACUGGUUGCAGAACUGCUUGUUGAUUGUGAUGUGUUUGUUGAUGAAGCAGUUGAUGUAGAUCUGCUAGUUGAUGCACUGAUAGAAGUGCUUGUUGAUUGUGAUGUGCCUAUUGAUGAAACAGUUGAUGUAGUUCUAGUAGUUGAUGUGUCUGUUGAUGUAGUUUUAGUAGUUGAUGCACUGGUUGCAGAAGUACUUGUUGAAUGCAGUGUGCCUGUUGAUGAAGCAGUUGAUGUAGAUCUGCUAGUUGAUGCACUGGUUGCAGAAGUGCUUGUUGAAUGUGAUGUGCCUGUUGAUGAAGCAGUUGAUGUAGAUCUGCUAGUUGAUGCACUGGUUGCAGAAGUACUUGUUGAAUGCAGUGUGCCUGUUGAUGAAGCAGUUGAUGUAGAUCUGCUAGUUGAUGCACUGGUUGCAGAAGUGCUUGUUGAAGGUGAUGUGCCUCUUGAUGAAGCAGUUGAUGUAGAUCUGCUAGUUGAUGCACUGGUUGCAGAAGUGCUUGUUGAUUGUGAUGUGCCUGUUGAUGAAGCAGUUGAUGUAGAUCUGCUAGUUGAUGCACUGGUUGCAGAAGUACUUGUUGAAUGUGAUGUGCCUGUUGAUGAAGCAGUUGAUGUAGUUCUGGUAGCUGAUGCUCUGGUUGGGCCAGUUCUACGCAUGGUUGUCGACGAAAUGGUGGUGCCCGACCUAGUGGUUGACAGAGUGAUAGUUGUAGAGCUGGAAGUCGAUAAAGUGCUCGACGCAGUCCAGGGUGUUUCAACUUCAGAAGACAAAAUUGCCAAAUUGGCAUCGAACAAUGCCACCUUUACUUGA